AUGGACCACAUCGAGAGGUUUGAGGACUUGGUCACCAGCAUAAAGUACAAUGGGUUGGAGCCAGGAUCACUCACUACUUGGGAAGAGACCAGGAAUGCUUUCCUGCACAACUUCUUCGAUGAUGCUAGGUCUGAGGAGUUGAGGACGAAAAUUUCGACCUUCUCUCAGGAACCAACUGAAGCGUUCAAAGCUUCCUGGGUGCGAUUCAAAUCGUACCAGCGAGACUGUCCCCAUCAUGGCUUCAGCGAUGUGCAGCUGUUAGGUAUCUUCUUCAGAGGUAUUGAUUGGAGGUAUCAGAUGGCUCUUGAUGCAGCGAGCAAUGGAAACCUCAACACCAGAUACCCAGACGAAGCUGUUGAGCUCAUCGAAAACUUGGCAUCUAGCAAUAGUACCAAGAAUGCAGACUAUCAGCGAAGGAAGCAGGCUGGAAACAUGGAUGGAUCGCAGAUUGCUGAGGUGAAGGCUAAGCUUGACUCUGUGCAUAGUCUUCUUGUGGGUAAGAAAUCUGUCAGAUACCCUGCAGUAGUUCAGAAUUUCGGACCAGAUGAAGCUUUUGUGGAAGAAGAUGUUAACUUCAUCAAUGGAGCUGGAUUUCAGGGUCAGAGAUUUGGUACUCAGCAAGGGAACACGAAUUACAAUGGAAAUAAUCAGAGGAGUACCUUCACAGGUAAUCAUAACUCUUAUGGUUACAGCUCCAAACCUCAGUACCAGACAUCCUACUCCAACAAUAGGUUUUCAAGGAACUAUGGUUCUCCUCCUACUCAAACUCCAGAUAAUGAGGUGAAGUCUAUGCUGGAACAGAUCUUGGAAGGUCAGCAGAAGAUGACUGUGGAUUUCAAUGGGAAGAUUGAUGCUCUGUAUCUGGAUCUGAAUGGAAAAAUUGAAGUUCUGAACACUCAUGUCAAGAAGCUUGAUACUCAGGUUGCUCAGACUGCAGAGUCUGUAAAAAGGCAAGAAGGAUUCCUUCCUGGGAAGACUGAUACCAAUCCUACGCAUUACUGCAGUGCCAUCUCGUUAAGAAGUGGUAAAAAGUUGACUCCUGUGCUGAAAAAGGGUGUUUCUGAGGAUGAAAUCGUGGAGUUGGACGAAUCUGAAGAAAAUUUCGAAGUUGCAGAGCCGGUGUCGAGCGACACCACAACCAGUGUCGCGCGUCACCAAUUGCAGAGCAAAGCUGAUAUUAAUCAAAGUUCGAAAUCUGCUGAGGAAAAGGUUUACAAACCUAAGGUUCCUUACCCAAGAAGUCAUAGGAAGUCCAAGCAGGAGAUAGAUGAUGCCAGAUGCAAGGCUUUGAUGGAGAAGCUUGUCAGUGCUGUGAUUCAGAAUAAGAUUCCAGAGAAGCUCUCAGACCCAGGAAGCUUUGUUUUGGACUGCUCUAUCUUCUCAGAGAGGUUCAAGAGAUCGCUGUGUGAUCUUGGUUCGAGUGUUAACCUCAUGCCAUAUUAUGUAGCUUUUAGCCUUGGGAUGACUGACUUCAAGUCAACUAAGAUCUCUUUGAUCCUAGCAGAUCGAUCUAAAAGAACCCCAAAAGGUGUCUUGGAGGAUGUUCCGAUUAAAGUUGGUGAUUGCAUAAUUCCUACAGAUUUCGUGGUUCUGGAAUAUGGAGAAGAACCCAAAGAUCCUCUUAUCCUGGGAAGAUCGUUUUUAGCUACAGCUGGAGCAGUAAUUGAUGUCAAGCAUGGUAACCUUGAUCUCCACCUGGGAGAUACCAUCAUGACUUUCAAAAUGGAGAAGCUGAAGGAUCCCACUAUAGAUGGUCAGACAUUCCAAGUCAGUGCAAUACCUGAAGUGAUAGUUGGAGAUCAGAACGUGUUUGAUGCUGAGAAGGUGAGAGAUCAACCAGAGUUGACGAAAACGUCUACAGAACCAGUGACUAUUGUUGAUCAGGAAGCUCCAAACAUCUCACUUCAUUCAUCUCCACUAAAGCAAAGGGCACUUGGUUUUUCGAUUGAUGAUAUUGCAGGGAAUAGGUUAAAGCGGUCCAAACACAGAUUUCACCUUAUUGCUAUUCCUGUAUUCCUUGGACGACCUCAUGCGCACAACGCUUACACACCACCAUGGAUGAGACGACUUUCACAGAGGCAGUCUUUGCCACUGUCUGAUCCACCAGAUGCUUAG